AUGGCAAGCGAAACAACCGGCGUUGAGUCGAUGGACAUAGAGAUUUUACCAUCGACAAGCAAUUUUAAUGAAAAAAGUAAAGAAAGAAAUGCGAAAUUUGUACAUUUACCAUGGAUUGAAAAGUAUCGUCCACACGUGUUUUCUGAUAUAGUUGGCAAUGAAGACACAGUGUCCAGACUUUCUGUCUUUGCUCAACAAGGAAACUGUCCAAACAUCAUUAUUGCUGGACCUCCAGGUGUUGGGAAAACCACAACGAUUUUGUGCUUAGCACGUAUUUUAUUAGGACCAGUUUUUAAAGAUGCAGUGUUGGAAUUAAAUGCUUCAAAUGAUAGAGGAAUAGAUGUUGUUAGAAAUAAGAUCAAAAUGUUUGCUCAAAAAAGGGUAAAUCUUCCAAAAGGAAAACAUAAAAUAAUAAUUUUAGACGAAGCUGAUAGCAUGACAGAUGGUGCACAACAGGCAUUGCGGCGAACAAUGGAGAUAUAUAGUAAUACAACCAGAUUUGCAUUAGCUUGUAAUAAUAGCGAGAAAAUCAUUGAACCUAUACAAUCACGUUGUGCUAUGUUGAGAUAUGGAAAAUUAUCCGAUGCACAAGUGCUGACAAAAGUUCUUGAAGUUUGCGCAAAAGAAAAUAUUUCAUAUACAGAUGAUGGCUUAGAAGCAAUAGUGUUUACUGCUCAAGGGGACAUGAGACAGGCAUUGAAUAAUUUACAGUCAACAUUCAAUGGUUUUGGCCAUGUAAAUAGUGAAAAUGUUUUUAAAGUUUGUGAUGAACCCCACCCACUGCUUGUUAAAGAAAUGCUUGAAUUUUGUACACAAACAAAUAUUUCGAAAGCAUACGCGGUAAUGGAACAUCUAUGGAAAAUGGGAUAUUCAGCAGAAGAUUUAAUUAGUAACAUAUUCAGAGUUUGUAAAAACCUUUCAAUUGAAGAAACACUAAAAUUAGAUUUUGUAAGAGAAAUUGGAAUAACUCAUUUGGGAAUAGUAGAUGGCACUAGCAGUUUGUUACAGAUGAAUAGUCUUCUAGCUCGUCUUUGUAAGAGAGCUGUAAAGUGUUAA